AUGCAGGGAAAUAAGAAACAUACAGAAGGCCAUAGUGACUCCUCAAGUAUUGGGAGUCUCCUGGAUGACACAGACAGAGAGGUAAGCAACCUCACAGCCAGGGCUUUCAAAAGUUUGUGUGUGGCAGAACUCGAAGACUCUUAUGAUGAACCAGAUCUUGCCAUUUCACCUGACUUUGCUCUCCAGUUCUCUGCUAAGUUUCACCCAGAGACAUUAAACCACGCCAUCAAGAAGAGUGAUGUCUGUAACAAGCUAACAGCAAGAAACAAUGAACAUACAAUACAGGCUUCCACAUUCCAGCAGUUACCAAAGUGUGCUCCGGAGGAGAAAAGGAUUGCUAAAAAUAACACCUUUGCCACGGACAGGAAAAAGCUGAAUUUGCCAGUCUCUGGUCCAAGGAAUGACAAACAUGUUUCAAAAGUGUCUUCAUUGAUUAAGACAUUUGACAAGACUGCAGACCAAGGAUCAGGAGGUUCCCUGAUAGCCAUUAAGCAGCCCAUUAAGAACAGCUUUCAAAAAUGUAAAUUAAGUCGUGGGAACGAUAUGGUUUUCUGGGAUGAUACGGACAUUUUAAGCAAUGACAAGGAGCUUUCUGAAUUUUCUGAGGCUAGUCAAGGCAGCCACUGUCUCAGCAGCAAACAUGAGCCACAGAAAAGACCUAAUAAAAUAGACCUGAGUCAUUGUGGCUCUGAUGCUUAUUAUCCUGUACUGAUUGAAAUGUCAAAGGUGGCCAAGUCCAAUUUUUCCCAUUCUUCUAAAAAAGCUUUAAAAAACAGAAGUGUGAAAGUUAAUGAACCAGCAAAAAAAGGUAAUUUUCUUCACAGUGAAAAUAGUGCUUUUGAAUCAUGGAAUGUUCAUCAUAAAAAACUGACUGAAAAGGAGGAAUUUGUUGGUAUAAAAACGAAAAAGGAAGGUCUUACAUGUAUGGAAGAAGCUUCAAUUACUAAAGGAUCCCACACACAUGAACAUGAAUUGCCACCUGUCAAGACUGCUGUUGCUAAGAAGCAGGAGAAAGAUUUUCAGGUGAAGCCAACUCCACGAGAAGCUCCUUUCAACAUCCCUCUCCCAGCUAUAUGUGUACCUCAGGGCCCCCUCUCUUCAGAAACUGAAUUUCCUGCUGCUCUUCCUCCCACACCCCCCCCUAGGACCCAUGUGCACCAGGUUCCUCCUCAGCCACCCCCUGUCCCACAAGCACUUCCUCCUACACCUCCCACCCAGAAGGGCCGUCCCCCAACACCCCACACCCCUGAAGCUCCCCCUGUGCCACCACACCCAGUGCCAGCUCAGCUUUCCCCACCUGCCUCGUCCCAGGCCACCGUCUCACCCCAGCCCGUGUCCUACAGGGUGCCCUCACCCUCUCCUAUGUCACAGGCACCCAGCCCCCCGCCACCGAGACCCCUGGCCACCUUAACUGAAAAGGAGGCCCUCAGUCCUCAAGCAGUCAGUACCUGUCCACCCUGGAGAAAACAGAGGGCUACAAAAGGGGCAGCAGAGAGGAGACAGACUUCAAAGGAGAAGUUCACAGCCAGUGAUGAGAAGUGCUCACUGUAUGAAAAGGCAGCUGGUGCCGAACGUGGUCUGGACAUGACUCCUCUGGCUAAACAGGUAAACUCCCCUGGAUCAGUCAGUCCUUCCUUCAACAUCACUGAACUCUUAACGCCCAUCAUACCACCGAAACAGGAGGUGGACACUGCUGAAAGUGAGGUGAUACUUCUGACACCUCCUCCCACUGAGAGCACGGCAUCAAGAGACCAUGAGGGCGGCACGUUUGGUGAUUACAGGUCUCGGGAUAGUUACAAAUUGAAAGCAUCAAGUCUGUUAUUCAACUUGAAGGAUGUGCGUAAACGUGUUAAAAGUAUUUAUACCCCUUCUCCCCUGUUAAGGGCCUUUGAGGAGAAAAAUAAAGCUAGGGAAAAUAUACAGGAGAGUACAAAAAUGAAUGCCUCACUCUCGACCUCACAAGAAAAAAGUAACAAAAAUAUCGCAGGGAAAGAUGAAUCGAGGGAUAUAACCUCCAUUUUGCCUGGCAGUGUUUAUGAAAAGGACGAUAAAACUGAUUUAACUGGACAUUUUACAGACAGUUAUAUGACUUUGAGUUCUCCCCAGACAACAGCAGACCUUUUAUUUUAUCAAACCGGAGACAACUUGCAGGAAGACGAUUCAAAACACAAAGAUCUGGUUAAAAACACAAAGGAUAGUGAAAACUUCUUGUUUGGAUAUGAAUCAAAUGAACCUGAUUUAAGACAAGAUCUACAGUAUCCAGCACUGAAACCAUUCAGUAGAGAAAAUGCAGAUGUAACAGCUGGGCAGCUGAUGCAAAAUCCCCAUGUCCAGGGUGAAGGAAAUGAGAGACAGGCUGCUUUUCAGAAUGAAAAUUUUGCCUUCAAAACUCUCCCAAACCAGCUCUCACCAGCAGAGGAUUUGCCUUACAGUGACAUCCAAACCAAUAUGUUGGUACCUGGCCAUGAAGCACAAGGCAAAAGAAGCACUAGUUCUUCAGAGCAAUCUUUUGUGUCCACGGUAGAGCAGCCACUUCAGGAGGAGCCAUUGCCACCGGUGCCCCUGGUGCAGAAGGCAUGUCUUCAAGAAAGCCAGAGGACUAAGAGUGAAAUGGGUGCAAACAGUAAGAAAGGCCACAAGGAGAGAGAGAAAGACAUUGGUGAAGAUGAACUGCAAUAUUGUGCUUCUGUCAGUUCUGGUGGUAGUGCAGCAGAGAAGAGGGAGGGGAAGGUUGCUGGGAAUGAACAGAGGAGCUUGAAGACGGAGAAGCAGAGGAGAGGAAAAAGGGAAGAUGUCAAAAGCACGGAUUCUGCAUCUGACAGUACAAGGGACACAUCCAUCCCGAGGUCUGAGGAACCACAAACACCACCAUUUUCAAGCUCAACCAAACCCAGUCUGUUUAUGAUUAAAGAUAACAAGUUCAGGUCACCUCAGGUAAUAAGGGCUGUCAAGCUGCCCCUGUUCAGAUCCUUUUCCCUGGAUGAUACAGUGAGCAGCAGUUAUAAGGAAAUGCAGAGUAGGUUUAUGCCCCCAGCAGAGCACAUCAAGCAGCAUGGAAACAUGUUGCACGCCCAGGAGACUGGCUGGUCGGCAUCGAGGUGCAGAGGGCAGCAGAAUGUGAAGGAUGGCACAACAAACAGGGGGAAAGAGGACAGUGAGCUUGAAUCUACUUCGGCAACACUGGAUCCUAGUCUUCUGGAAGAUACAGAGAGCUUUUUGUUAGGGAAGAUGAUGGAAGAUGAUGAAGAGACUUGUGCUUUGAUAAAUAAAGUUGGGAAAAUGAAAGAGGAAAAUGUCUUCAGAAGGAAGGAAAAGCCCCAGACUAGGAAGGCAAGACACAGUUUAACACAGCCAAAUCUAGGUCUGGAAAAUGACCAAGCACAAAACACCACCAGCUACUCUGCAGAAAGAAAGACUAACUACUUUAAGAAUCACCAUUUGUCUAAUCGCAGAGGUGGUGCUUGUGCGAAAAAAAUAAUCACUAGGGCAACAAUUUCCCCUGUGACUGGCUCCAUAUCAGAGGACCACACAUAUUCUCCUGUAUCCCAUGAAGCUUUAGAGGACAUCCUACAUACAGAAGGUGCACCAGUUUUGUUAGACAGUCUUGCAUGCUCUGCUGUUACAAGCCCCAGGUCAGGCAGUACGAUGCACUCUCUUGCUACCAGUUCAGCAUCAGAAAAACUAACAAUUUCUGGCCUUGGAGAGACAGAGGAUGUUAUAAACCCUGCCUUGCUGAACAGGACACUAAAGAGCCAAGCUGAUACGUCUGCAGAGAUACUUGAUUCGUCACGGAGGAAUUUGCUUUCUGUUUCUGCAGGGGAAGCUGAGAUACUGGAGCCCAGGGGACUCAAGGAGAGAGCAGCAGGCAAGCCUCCCGCUGUGCCACCGAAAACAGAAAAGGCUCUGCGGCGGGCCAAAAAGCUGGCAAGCAGGAGAAAGAAAACACAAGAGCAGCAGAAAAAAACUCCCACUGAGCAUACAGAUGCUGUAGGUAGAAAUCUUUCUCAUUCUGGACAGACGCUAGCAUCUCCCUCACCCUCCGGAUAUUCUCUCCAUCCUGCCCCCCACUCCACUUUUACUCCCACAGAAACCAGGACAGGAAGACCCAGUGGUGCAUCAGCAGUAAGCCCUUCACCCUCUUCAACCCAGCGUAAACUCCUCCAAGACCCUGACUCUGGUCAAUACUAUGUAGUUGAUUUACCAGCUGAAGUUAAUUUAAAGACAUUUUAUGAUCCAGAAACUGGCAAAUAUGUUCAAGUGUCAGUCCCUUCCUCAGAAGGGAAUGUAUACCAGCCCACCUCUUCAGAAAUUAUGAAUUCUCCCUAUGCCUCCUACCCUAAGGUGCUGCCUUUACCAGCUUCAUCUGUAGCAGUGCUGAAGUCACCUUCUCAGCUCUCUGAACCUACCUGGUUAAUGACAGCUGUACCAGGAGAACCAGCUGAACUACCUGAAGAUGGCCAGCAAGACUACAGAUACGCUGAAGCUGGGGAUACUCAGUCCUAUAUUGAGCCAGCCUCUUAUUCCUACAGGCAGGGUGGUGAAGAAACUCAAGUUUUCUUAGGAAAGGACACAAGCCCAACUCCAAAUGCUGACAUAGUGUCCCUCACUGAUUUAGAUGAUUUUGCUGCUGAAGGAGUGUCUUGA